AUGAAGAUUAUACACAAGUCCAAGAGGGCCGUCCCUCCUCUACCUCAGGUUGCGGACUUGAUUAACAAGCUGCUCGAGACACCCGAAGAUGACUUGAACGAAGUCUUGGGCCAGAUUGACACUUGGAAAUGGCCGCGAUCUGAUCUCAAUGCUUGGACCAAGGUCUUGAACAAGUUCGACGCGAUCCUUGAAGAAGUCAUUCGUGACUACGAUAUCGACAACCUCCAGGUCACUGUACUCACUCCCCAGACCAAGAAGACUGUCUGUGAGAUCCUCAGAUUCGAGCGUUUAUUGUUGGAGAACUCCACGAACAGGAAGACCUUCAACUCUUACGACCGGCUGAACAGUCUCAUGUUCACAUCCGACCUUGAUGUGUUAAUUCUCGCAUUGAACCUUCUACUACGUCCAGCACAGCAGUACUCCGCUCAGCCUGCAGUACUACAUGCACUCAGCAUCUCGACACCCCGGCUUAUCUCUCUGGCAAAGAGGUGGCCCAACCUCCGCGAAUAUGAUAUCAAUUUGAUCGACUUGGUAGGUAACAAGGGCAGGCUACAGAUCGAGGCACUGCCCGACGAGGCACGAGAAGUCAACUUCACCUUCUACCGACAGCAUUCCUCCGGUGUGCAUUCUGGGAAAGAAAAGGAAAGGGCAUCCGAUGUGGAUGUCUUCGACUCUGUUACGCAGACGCUCAGUCGCAAGCCCGGCGCGCCUUCGUCAUCAGGUGCCCCUGCGUUAGCUGUUUCCUCAGGAGCCGUGAAUGUCCACAUCGACUGCAAGACGAUUGAGUCAAGAGAGCCCAUGGACGUUCUUGCCGAUACGGUCGAGGCCUAUUCUAUUCCGAGCUCUGAGAAGUUCGAACUUCUGUCUCGUAUUCGUGCAGCUCGAGCGCUGACGAAGACUUACGCGAACGAGCGCGACAAGCUUGUUACUGUCCGUCUCCUCUCGACCGCAAUCUUCGGACAUACACAUACGGAGUUACAGGCGCAGUCGAGUCUGCUGCUGUAUGAGCCUGAUCUGAUUACGCAUGUUGGCGAGCUUCUGCAGCUCGACCAGCAUGUGGAUUCUCAAGUCCAGGCUGCUGCCAUUGCCGCCCUCGAUGCGUUGGGACGAUACAGGAACAAGAUACAGGACGUUUUGACCGCUGUCAAUGCCGGCGUCAACCACGGUAUCCUGAUGGCAUUGUUGCGCAAGACGGUGGCCGAUGUGGCACAGCCAACCUCACCGCUGCCUCAGUCCUUCGUUGAGGGGCUGCUGUCUUUCGUGUCGUUCAUAGCGACACAUUCAUCUGGGGGAAAUAUGGUUGUUGGUGCCGGGUUGGUUCCCCUUCUGAUCCAGGUCAUUGAGAACAGACUGCCCAGUCGUCUCUACGUGGUUUCAAAGAUCAUGCAGUUGCUGGACAAUGUACUGUAUGGCUUUAACAACUCAUUCCAGUUGUUUUGCAACGCACGUGGGGUAGAGAUACUGGUGGAUAGGAUUGAGUGUGAAGUAGACUUGAAUCUAUCGCAAUUUGAGGGUGAGGAACAGACUGGUGAAGUCGUUGUUUCUUAUGGCAAACUCUCCGUUGCUCGCGCUGCAGUCCUCAAGCACCUAAUGCGAUCAAUCCAUCGGAUGAUGCAUUCGCCUGGAACGGCGGAAGGUCUCCGUGGUCUUCUAGAUUCUUCCCUUCUCAAGUCAGUGAAGAAGAUUAUGGAGCACCGCGACAUUUUCGGCCCUAGUGUACUCCCUAUCGCAAUCAACAUCAUGGCGACAUUUGUCCACAACGAGCCCACCUGUCUAUCUGUCAUUCAGGAGGCGGGUCUACCAGAAACGUUCUACAAAGUCGUUGACUCUGGGCUUGAGCCUGUGAUCGAGGUCAUCCAAGCGGUACCGAACGCCAUUGGAGCAUUGUGCUUGAACCAAGCAGGUCAAGAUCAACUUGCAACGCGGCCAUCCAUCAUACCUGGCUUAUUCUCCAUAUUCACUUCCGAGCGUCACCAGAGGGUUCUGCAAGACAAGGAGAACGCGGUGAUCGUCGGCACUGCAGUCGAGGAGCUCAUAAGGCAUCAUCCACUUCUGAAGGAAUCCGUCUUCACUGCCCUGAAAUCUACCAUGGCUCAAAUAGAAGAGAUGGGCAAGGCCUACGUUCCGCCGGAGGACAUUCGGCAUUGGUAUGAAUUAGUGCCGGUGACGUUAUCGUCAUCAUCGCCACCGUCGCCAGCUAGUCAAGGAGCGGUUGACUCCGAUGUUGUGAUGGAGUCUGUGGAAGCUGUGGAAGCUGCUUCUGAACCGCCGUCUCUACCUCCUGACACUGAUACCGUCCCGUCCGAGGAGCCAGCUAGCAAUCGUGACGAUAGUCAUUCCAGAGCGCACGACAAUAUCAUCAUCUCCUUCAUUGAUGUGUUCGGGAAGUUCCUCGAGGGCUUCUUCCAGCACGUUCCGCAUUGCAAAGAUUUCCUUGCAGACGCAGAAUGCCUUGAUCAGUUGGGGAGGCUUACUGCUCUUCCAUGCCUUCCAUACGAUUUUGCGAACAGUGUCGCCUCGGAUUCGUUGGUGCAAGUGAUUCGCACCAUGGCCGAAUCGGCCACAAGCGAGACCAUUAUGUUCCUCGUCAAGCUCGUCCACGAGACUAUGGAGAAUAACAAGGACUUCUGGGAACACAUGGAGGAACAGUCAAAGCUCCUAUCAAUGGUGGACAUUACUGGUGAGGAAGUCUCGAAGGCGAACGUUCGCUUGCGGAAGUUGGUCACCCUUCAUAUCCGGGUGUCCCUUCUCUCCGACAUCUAUGCGACUGCUGGUUAUGCACACGGAAGGGCAACCUCAGCUCUACUUCAGUCGUUGGUUGGCCCGUCCACGCCUACUAUUCUGCCUGAACUGGGAGCGUUGCACAGAACUUGUGUGUGGGAGAAUAUCGCACUCAAAGCUGCAUUAGCAUCUCAAGGCUUUGACGUUCCCAUCUCUUCAUUACCGUCUCUGGAUUCUUCAGCGCCUACACGUAUGGGUACACCUACGAUAUCUCAGGCGGACGCGGAUGCUGCAUCCACUGGUACGACGAAUGGAGUCCAAGGAGAGCAAGAGCAAUCUACUGCUUCAUCCAGUCGAGAGUCCACAAAGGAGGACAGUCCAAAAGAACAGAACGCCAAGGUAGUUAAGCAUCUCGCAUCUCAAAUCCCGAGUUCGUUGGCGCCGUUUUUCCAAGCUAUUGUGCGACUCCUCCAGACACGACGGGCCCCAGAUCCCACACAGAAGCAGAAAAUUCGGGAGACUGCUGUGGUUCUCGCCAAUGUCCUCCUUAAGCACGUCGAGCAGAAGGACUUUGGUGACAAGUUAUCUCUCUUUGCGUAUAACACUGUGAUGCUCGGUUUAACAACGAUCCUCCUUGUGGAUGAACGGACGACGCAGAAGACGCUACAUACCAUCCUCCUUUCCGUGUUCCAUCGUGUUGGAGGACUGGACGCUAUCUUUGGCCUUUGUCGCUCUUUCAUGCGUGCGAUCGAUGCAGUGAAUCUCGUUCCAGUCGACGACCGUUCAGACAUAGUUAAACAAGAGCUUGUGCACGCCUAUGGCGGUUUGAAGGUGGCCCUUCAUUUGCUCCAUCCAAUUGUGUCCGCCAAAGCGCUAUUCGAGUCGGCACAAACCUCCUCCGCAGUCACAGUGGACAAGAAGGCAUCUGAUCCUGACUACUUUGAACCCCACGACUUCUUCGUCAAGAUGAGGUUGGCGACUCUGCCACUCGUUCGCGAUCUGUGGGACGCUUCUUGGCUAGUUCCCGCUCCGCUCAGCGUCAGCAAGUCCGUCGUGCAGAUUGUCAUGGAGUUCCUCAAUGUCGAGGGUGAGGAGGUAAAGGAGCCUAGUGCUACCCCGUCCAUGGUGGUAGCUGGCGGCCUGUCAAUACCUCGAAUGACUGGUCCCGACGAAAACCGUAUCCGUCAAUUAGUUGACAUGGGCUUUCCAAGAUCCGCUGCGGAACGUGCCCUCACUCGCACUCGCAACAACAUUAAUGCUGCUACGGAGCUGUUACUCGCUCAUCCUCUUCCCUUCCCUCCUGACCCAGAACCUGAACCCGUAGCAGAGCAGGCUGCACCGAUAGCGGAUGCUGCUCCUGAAGAUGCCGCAGAAGGUGAAGUAGAUACUCAAGCCCCGGAGGUUCAAAGUUCUUCCGAGGAAGCCUCAGAACCUGUUCCUGAAACUCCAGCUACUCCUAUAAAGAGCCCUGAAGAAUGGUUACAGGAACUCAGCGCUGCCCGCUUCCCGUUGCUGGAAGGUAUUGGCAGACGAGCUCUGAAGCUUGUUGACGAGCAUCCAUCCUUGGUGUUUGAUGUUCAAAGGGUCUUUGUCGGGUCAUCCAAUCAAUAUCGCGACCAAUCUGUUCGCUGUCUGAUAGACGAUGUCAACGUGUUGUCGCCUUCUGCAUACGAUGUGCAGGAGCAGCCAAUGGCCGUCAGGUGCCGUCUACUUGCGUUAGUACUGAAUGACCCGUCUUCUCCGCUGUCGCAGCUUCCCGAAAGCGAUGCCAAGAACCUCAUGGAUGUUCUGCUUGCGCUUCUACUGUCAAAUCCUGUGUCUACGGAAGGCAACCAUCCUACUCUUGCUAAAUGGCUUGCAGCUCAUCUCCUGGUUGUUGAAGCUAUCUUGGUUAGUGGGGAUGAGCCUCGAACGAUAUCAUUACCAGCCGAGGACGAACCCAUUGUGCACGAUCCCAUCACGACUGGUCGCCGAUAUCCGGAGGCGCGGUCAAUGCUCUUUGACUUUUGCCUGCGGCUUCUUGCCUGUCCUAUUUUACCCAAGGAUGAGCUGAUCUCGUCGCUGAGGCUCUUCGUCCUUUUGACUCAAGAAAGGAAAAUGGCAGAAGAGUUUGUUCGACGUGAUGGUUUGGGACUGUUGUUCCAAUACCUCAAGGUCUCAGUGGGCACGCCAAGUGCAUCAGGUACCCAGUCAUAUAUCGCAAUCAUUCUCCGCCACGUUGUUGAGGAUGCGUCUACUUUGCAACAUAUCAUGCAUCACGAGAUCAAGAAGUUUUUCUCUCAGCCUCGAAACCGUGUGGUUGAGGUUGGCACCUUCGUUACCAGCUGCAAUGCACUAGCUCUCCGUGAUCCUGGUAUCUUCGUCCAGGUAACACACGAUCUGUGUAAGCUCUCCCAACCGUACUCCAGUGUCAAGACGAUUAGCCUUCUAGGAGAGAAGAAGCCCGAGGGACCCGUCGAACAUUCAAACGCUGUAGAUGCGAAGGAUAUUGGGAUGGAAGUAGAUGAGCCACCAACUGUGCACACCAACACGCCAUCCGGUUCGGUCGAAGCCCUCGUUCACUUCUUGAUCGCGGAACUGGUGAAGACUGUCAGAGCUGAACAUUCGCCUGAGGUAUCUAUAGCGGCCGAGCAAUCGAAGACCCGGGACGUUGAUCCUUCAGCAGCACAUGAAGGCCAACUCGCAUCGCAGUCGAUCUCCGGCGUAAAAGCUCCAACGGAAUCGUCUCGCCACCAGGAUGAAUACCUGUAUUCAUGCUUCUUGAUGCAAUGUCUCACCGAGCUUCUCUUUUCCUAUGAUCUUUGCAAGCUUGCCUUCUUGUCGUACAAUCCUAGGAGACGCACUCUGACACCUGCCAAAGAGACUGGAAAUAGACAUAGGACAGCCGCCAUUCAUUUUCUGCUUUCAGAUCUCAUGUCGUUCGGCACCAUUAACCCGCAACCUCCUGCUGAAGCAAGAAAGCAGAUUUUGCUAUGCAACUGGGCAAUGUCCGUGAUCGUUGCUCUUUGUGUGGAUACGUCUUCUACUCCGGACAGCAAGGACGUAGCUUCUGAUCUCGUCUCUGUUCGCAAGUUCGUCCUUGAAGCCAUCAGUCGAUCGUUGAAGGAUCUUCCGACAUCUGAGAAUACGGAAAGUCGUUAUAGUCGUCUUUUAGCCUUGGCAGAUCUCUGCUACCGCUUACUGACUGUCCGCUUCAAUGCCGGGCCACGGAAAGUGAACGAGGAGUCUCCCACACAUCUUGCAAAAAUCAUGUUGGAAAAGAAUUUCGUUGCGACACUUACAAACGCUCUGGCCGAAGUCGAUCUCAACUAUCCCAAUAUCAGAGGUGUUGUCACAUCAAUCCUUAGACCUCUUGAGUACUUGUCCAAAAUAGCAAUCAAGAUGAGCCGUGUUUCCGACAAGAGCAAAGAUAUUCCAGACGAAAGUGCCGAUAUGAUGGAUACUACACUAUCUGACGAAGAGGAGGCUCCAGAAGAGCACGAAGGUGACGAGACGCCCGAUCUGUAUCGUAACUCUUCCCUUGGAAUAUUUGGUGGAGAAAUGGAGGAUGUUCACUACGGCACCGAUAAUGACAUCGACGAAAACGCUGAAGAGGACGACGAAGAUGUGGAGAUGGAAUACGGUGAGGAGACGGGAAGUGAGGAUACGUCAAAUACGGAAGAUGACGUUGAAAACGACAUCGCCGACGAUCUCGAGAAUGAGACGGGAGAGUCAGAAGAAGAGGGGUGGCAAGACGACGAAGAAGAAGACGAGGACGAUCUCGUUGAGAACGACGAAGGCAACGAUGAAGAAGAAGAGGGUGAGGAUGAGGAGGAAGACGAAGGAGAGGUGAUGUGGCAGGAUAUCGCUGUUGGCGAAGAUGUGGCCGGCAACGUUGCAGAAGAGCCUGAUGAGGAGGAUGUUGGUGAUCCUGUACCUAUCAUGCAUGUGGACGCAGAUGAAGGAGACGUGGCGUCUGAAGAAGACGAAUAUGGCGACGAUCUGGGUAUUGUGGGUCCAGCUCCUACUGUAGCUGAAUUCUUUGAACUCCCUGCUGGGCUCGGCGUUAUUGCUGAUGGCCUGAUGAAUGCAAAUGCAGGCGACGGGCAGCCAAUGUUUUGGGCAGGAACCGUCCGUCCAGGUCGUCGACGUGGCAUUGUUGACGAUGAUUUAGAGGUGUUCGGGCGACCUCGAAAUGUAGUACCGUCAGCAUCCGACGCCAUAGUUCAUCCGUUACUACUUGAUCCUACCACUACUUCUUCCCGAGGUCCGGCAUCACUAUCAAGGAAUUCGCGCCGAAUGCAGAGGAAUAUGUUGACUCCCAGCAACCCCGAGGAUAUAUGGCAGACUAUCGAGAAUGCCAUUGGCGAAGGCGCGGUACACUUCUUUCAACAUUUGCGUGGAAGUGGGGUGUUCGGGGAAACAAUACGCAUAGACGUCCCUCCCGAUGCUUUUGGUGCGCCUCACCGACACGGCCGCAACGCCAUAGCUGCUUCUAUCCGAUUGGAGAGAGCGCCUCGGCCCGGAGAAGGAAGAUCCGAUGGUCGCAGCUUUGAUCCGCUUCUCACCAUGCAGCGAUGGUUGGAAGAGGUCAGAAUGUUGCACGGCAGGUUUGAGCAAAGUCGCUUGUCAAGAUUGGCCAACCACGUUGUUUCUACCCUCCUACCGGUUGCCGUGGAAGCGUUGAGACAGGCAAGAAUCGCGGAAGAGGAUGAACUUUCGAGACAACGAGAAGCUCAGGCUGAGGAGACGGCAAGAGAGGCAGCAAGAGAAAAGGAAGAGGCUGAUAAGGCGAAAGAGGAGGUAAACAGUCAGCCUGAUAGUGUGCCAGAGGCUGCGUCUACAUCCGAGGCUCCGGAGACAGCAAUUUCAACAGAGCAAGGCCAGGUAACGCUGGAUACAGAUGCAGAGAUGGCAGAUGCCUCAAACGACGACGAUACAGCUCAUGAUGAAGAGCCUGCCGCAGAAGCUAGCUCGUCCAAUGCUCCCGAGCGGGUGACCGUUGUCAUUCAUGGCAAUCCAGUUGAUAUCACAGACACAGGCAUCGACCCUACAUUCCUUGAAGCUCUGCCUGACGAUAUGCGAGAGGAGGUUCUUAAUCAGCAUGUUCGCGACCAGCGUGCUGCUCGAGUUGAACGUCCUGCAGAUUCGCAGAUCAGCCCGGAAUUCCUUGAUGCCCUACCACCUGAUAUUCGGGCAGAGAUUCUUCAACAGGAAAGUAUGGAACACGCCCGACAACGCGUCGAACAAGCUGCAGCUCAGCAGGGCGCUGCUGGUGUUCCAGCAGAUAUUGACCCUGCCAGCUUCAUCGCUAGUCUGGAACCCCAACUUCGACAAGUUGUCUUGAUGGAUUCUGAUGACGUCUUCAUCCAGAGCCUUCCUUCGCACAUGGUGGCUGAAGCUGGUAUUCAUCGGGACAAUGCUCGCGCUUCACGCGCCCAUCUGGUAUCCCGUAGAGAGGGAGGCUCCGCCCCUUCCCUUCCUCAAGGAGGACCGCAUAAAUCGACGGCUCAACGCGACGCCAUUCAAUUAUUAGACAAGGCCGGCAUUGCGGUCCUCGUGCGCCUCCUCUUCUUCCCUAAUGUGUUGAAGAAGAAUCUCCUCUUCAAGGUGUUGGUCAACAUCUGCGAAAAUGCCAAGACACGGACGGAUCUCUUCAAUCUUCUUCUUAGUAUCCUUCAGGAUGGUUCUGGGGAUCUCACAUCUAUCGAUAAGAGUUUCGCACAGAUGUCUUUCCGCAAUUCGAAGCAAUCGACCCAGCAAACUCCGAAAGCAAUAGGGAAACAACGUGCCGCAUCAGAUUAUCUCGGGGCCUUUUCAUUACCCCAGAAUGAAUUCGUUCCAGAGCUCAUCGUUCAACGGUGUCUCGAAGCGCUUACCUUCAUUGUCAGCUCGAACGAACUUUCCUCUUUAUUCUUCCUCACAGAGCAUGAGUUAUCUCUCGGACUGCGACGUAGCGUGUCCAAGAAGGGGAAGGGGAAGGAGAAACAGGUUCCUCAAACCCAUUACCCCGUUGUCUUGUUGCUGAGUCUGUUGGACCGGCAAUCUAUCCUGAAGACACCUUCAAUUGUCGAAUCGGUCGUAGCUCUCCUGGCUACAGUAACACGACCCCUUGCAAGCCUCAAGGACCAGGGCAAGAGCAAGAGUGAAGCUGAAGCCGGUCCCUCUCCUGUCCCUGCCCCUUCUGCUGAGCAGCCUCUGCCUACCACUUCUACUACAGAUGUUCAGGCCACACAACCGAACGCGAAUGUCUCAGUGGAGCCAGCUGUUCAAGAUCAGAGCGGAUCUUCUCCUAGCACAGAAGAGAAAGUCCUCCUUGCGAAUCCUCCCGUCAUCCCUCAUGCAGUACUGCGAUUCAUUGUUAACAUCUUGACGGCUGGUGAAUGUUCCGGGCGCACAUUCUCUCAGAGCUUGGGUCUUAUCCAGCACCUUUCUUAUGUCCCCGAUACUCGAGACGUCAUCGCUAGCGAGCUACGUUCGAAAGCACAAGAAUUUGGGCAGAGUCUCUACACAACUCUGGACGAGCUUGCCACAGCACUGCAUGAGUCACAAGGGGAUGUUCUUGCUAGCUCAAUAGCAUCCAAGUUCUCGCCAGCUUCAUCCGAUCAGGCGAAGCUACUACGAGUAUUGAAAACCAUUGAUUACAUGUAUUCCUCUAAAUCUGUCAGUCUGCCAAGUGCUGCCGCUGGCGAGGGGGACGGCGAUGUGGAGAAAGUGCAAGCAAUCUACGAGGGUUUCCGCUUUACCACAUUGUGGCGGCGUCUUGGGGAUUGUCUUUCUGUGAUCGAAGAAAAGCCGGAGAUGGAACACAUCGCUACAGUAUUGCUGCCAUUGAUCGAGUCCCUAAUGGUGGUCUGCAAGUAUGUUGGAUCGAAGGCAACCCCUGGCGGGGUAACUCGCAUGCCACGAGCAUCCGCCUCUCCCAGAUCCCCCACGACUACUCGCGAAUCGAUGGAAGAAUUGUUCGUAACAUUCACCGAUGCUCAUAGAAAGGUUCUCAACCUAAUGGUGCGCAACAAUCCUUCGUUGAUGAGUGGAUCGUUCUCGUUGUUGGUCCACAACCCCCGUGUUUUGGAUUUCGACAACAAGAGGAAUUACUUCAAUCAGCAGCUCCAUCGACGUCCACACACCCGGGAUCAUCAUACUACCUUGCAACUGAACGUUCGCCGUCAGCGCGUCUUCGAGGAUAGUUUCCAGCAUCUCCAACGCAAGACCGGAGAUCAGAUUAAGUAUGGGAAGCUCAGUAUCCGCUUCUACGACGAGGAAGGUGUCGAUGCAGGUGGUGUGACGAGAGAGUGGUUCCAAAUUCUGGCGCGACAGAUGUUUGACCCAAAUUACGCGUUGUUCCAGCCGUGCGCAGCGGACAGGCUUACAUACCAACCCAACAAAGCGUCCUGGGUAAACCCCGAACACCUUUCAUUCUUCAAGUUCGUUGGGCGUGUCAUUGGAAAAGCGAUCUAUGACGGACGUCUUCUCGAUGCGUACUUCGCUCGGAGCUUGUACCGCCAGAUCCUCGGAAAGCCUGUUGACUAUCGAGACGUUGAGUGGGUGGAUCCGGAGUAUUACAACUCUCUUUGCUGGAUCCUCGAGAAUGAUCCCAGUGCGCUCGAGUUGACUUUCAGCGUUGAAGCUGAUGAGUUCGGCGUAACCAAGAUUGUCGAUCUGAAGGAGAACGGCUCUUCGAUCCCCGUGACGCAGGAAAACAAGCGCGAAUUCGUGCAAUUAUCCGCGCAAUAUCGACUAUAUUCCUCCAUCAAGGAUCAGAUCGAGUCGCUCCUCACUGGAUUCUACGAGAUCAUCCCCAAAGAACUCAUCUCCAUAUUCAACGAACAAGAGCUAGAGCUCCUCAUCUCAGGCACACCGGACAUCGACGUUGAUGAAUGGCGCUCAGCGACGGAGUACAACGGCUACACUAGUUCUGACCCUGUCAUCGUCUGGUGGUGGCGCGCCCUGAAAUCCUUCAAUCGUGAAGAGCGAGCGAAGGUUCUCAGCUUUGCCACGGGUACAUCGCGCGUUCCCCUCGGUGGUUUUGUGGACUUGCAGGGUGUGCAAGGCGUGCAGAGGUUCUCCAUCCACCGUGCGUACGGUGAUACCGACCGACUACCGCAAGCCCAUACAUGUUUCAACCAGAUUGAUCUACCACAGUAUUCCUCGUAUGAGAUGCUUCGACAGCAGCUCCUGCUUGCAAUCAACGAGGGUGGAGAAGGCUUCGGAUUUGCAUAA